UACAAGUCAACGCAGACAAAAUGGAUGCAAGCUCAGUUUAUUUUAUUGGUGUUUUGUUUUCAGGAAUGUUUCUCUGUAGUGCAGGAAUAUCACUGAGUGUCAAAGUAUCUACAGAGACUGCAAAACGAAACCAGAAAGUAACUGUCACCUGCACAUUACAAGAUUCCAGGGGUUUGGUAAACACAGCAAUAUAUGUGCACACCAAUAAUUACCGCAUGGCGUAUUUUUACCAAAGGACUAGCAGCUGUAAUUCUAAUGUGUACAACCGCGGAACAGCGACAGAGAAUGUGGGAUUUUGUGGAUCAGGAACUAACAGCUCUGAAUCCAGUUCCAAAGAGUACACUGUAAUUACGAAAACGCAAUACGACACGGUAUAUAGCUACUGCAAGACAACCUAUCGUGGCAACACGUACUACAGCAAUUUUGUUCCGCUGUCUCUGUUAAAUAAGGUUGAAUGUGCCUCAUUAACGAUCUCUGGAAGUGGAGCGGUAUUAAAAGUGACUGAGGGAAAAGAGUACAAUUAUAUAACGUGCAGUACAGGUGGUGCCAGUCCGGAGCCAGAAGUUACACUUAAACUGAACGACACAUCUUUGUCAUAUCUGUCUGCUCGCAAAUCAUCGACGUAUAGCAGCCAUCAAAAUGGACUGACACUCUGUAGUCCACGCAAAUAUGAUGGGUAUUCUCCAAGAAGAAACACUAAUUUUGUGUAUACCCCAAGCAGACGCCAUGAUGGCCAGUAUGUCUACUGCUCAGCCAAGAACAGUGAGAUGGGAAUCGACGAGGAGGUAUCCUCCAACAAAAUACGUGUCGUCGUUCAGUAUGGACCAGCGGAUAUUACAUUCAUACCAGAUGAAGUUUUCUACACUGUUCAGGAAUUUGAAUCGUUGACAGUAACCUGUUUCACAGAAUGUAACCCAAACUGUACAUACACCUGGGCUUACCAGGGGCAAACUAUUGUUUAUGAAAAUCGUCUUUUCCUUCAUGAAGUCACUCGACUAGAUGCUGGUUAUUACAACUGUACAGCGAGAAAUCCAGGACACGGAGUCACUGCUAAACGAUCGCUCAAGCUCCGGGUGCAGUAUGGUUCGCUUUCUACUGGUGCUGAGAUUGGAAUAGGACUUGCUGUGGGUGUCGUUGUUAUGAGUGUCGUUGCUGUACUUAUCUAUUGUGUAGUGCGAAGAAAAACACAACGUCGAAAUCGGACAAAGUCUGGUUCCGAAAGACAUACGUACGCGAACACUGGGAUGCAAAACCUCUCAAGCCGCCAAUCAGCAACUGAUGAAGUCAUGUACGAAGAUUUGUCUGGGAAAUAAGACGUCCACAUGGAAACGCUUCUCCCGCUAUGUUCUGAGGGAAUACACGAUUUUGUGACGAUGAUUUUGUUUCUUUGUAACCAUGAAGUAACUCUGUGCAUC